CCCCCACCAAUCUCCUUUCCAGGUACAGCGCCUCUUCCUGCUGCCCCCUACCCUGGUUCUGCAAAGUGUGCAUACCCCAUUCGAGGACACCGAGUUUGAGCCAGGAACUAAUGCGGGAGGGCAGCCGCCGGGAGUGUCCUCACGCAGAGUCGAGGCCAAGUGCUAGGCGGAGACAGUGACCCGCAGGGCGCUGACUGAGUCCCCGUGGUAACACGUGGGCGAGUCUUGAUUGCAGCCCGUCCGGGGACCACUUGGCGCUUCGUUUAGAGCGCUUCACACCGCGAAUCUCACUGGAGCCUUUGCCACAGCCCUGCCCAGGGCCACCGCUGCCCCCAUUUCACACGCGAAGAAACCGAGGCUAAGGUUUCAAGCCCCGGAGUAGGUUGCCAGGGGACCGAGUGGCAGCGUUGCGGCUAGAACCAGACCCCCUGCGGCGGGCCAGCUCUCAAGCUCCUCCCCCGACCCUCCCUCCUCCACGCCGCCCCCGGGGUGUGCCUGACGCCACGCGUCUCGCCGCGACUACAGAGUCGCAGUUCGCACCCAGAUCUCCUCUGCUGCGGGUCUCGAAGACUUGGGGUCCCGGCCCCCCCGCUGGCCUCGCCGCUGCGGCAUCUCCGACCUAUACCACAGCUCAUCGCCAUGCCACUGGAUCCUUAACCCACUGAGCGAGGCCAGAGAUCAAACGCACAUCCUCAUGGAUACUCAUCAGGUGGGCACGGCCCCCAGCGCCCUCACCAGGCACCAUGGACUGGAAGACACUCCAAGCCCUACUGAGUGGGGUGAACAAGUACUCCACAGCCUUCGGGCGCAUCUGGCUGUCGGUGGUGUUCGUCUUCCGCGUGCUGGUGUAUGUGGUGGCCGCCGAGCGUGUGUGGGGGGAUGAGCAGAAGGACUUUGACUGCAACACCAAGCAGCCGGGCUGCACCAACGUUUGCUACGAUGAGUUCUUCCCCAUCUCCAACAUCCGCCUCUGGGCCCUGCAGCUCAUCUUUGUCACGUGCCCGUCGCUGCUGGUCAUCCUGCACGUGGCCUACCGGGAGGAGCGGGAGCGGCGGCACCGCCAGAAGCACGGCGACCACUGCGCCAAGCUAUACGACAACGCGGGCAAGAAGCACGGCGGCCUGUGGUGGACCUACCUGCUCAGCCUCAUCUUCAAGCUCAUCAUCGAGUUCCUCUUCCUCUACCUGCUGCACACUCUGUGGUACGGCUUCGGCAUGCCCCGCCUGGUCCAGUGCGCCAACGUGGCCCCCUGCCCCAACAUCGUGGACUGCUACAUCGCCCGGCCCACGGAGAAGAAGCUCUUCACCUACUUCAUGGUGGGCGCCUCCGCCGUCUGCAUCGUGCUCACCUUCUGCGAGAUCUGCUACCUCAUCUUCCACAGGAUUGUGCGAAGCCUUCCCAAGAAGAGGACCCCCCGAGGCGGCAGCCCCCCGUCCUCUGCCAGCCGGGCCUCCACCUGCCGCUGCCACCACAAGCUGGUGGAGGCCGGGGAGCUGGGCCCAGACUCCAGUGAUGACAAGGUGCAAGCUUCGGCACCCAGCCUGACCCCCAUCUGACCUCGGGCGGGGGAGCAAUCCUGGGGCUGCCCGAGGGGCCGGGCAGGGGGUGUUAUUGUGGCGGUGGCGGGGUCCUGCAGGUGCUGGGUGCCCCCACUCUGAAUUCACUAAGCUAUUCAACUUCACUUUCAGCAGACUUUUUUUUGAGCGCUGGGCGCUGUGCUGUCUGCCUGGGUACAGGUCACCCCAGGCCCUGUGGCAGCCUUCCUGGCGGAGAGACACUAAAACAAUCAAAGUAACAACUGCCUACAAGGGGACACUUAGAAGGCUCAUAGUAGGACCUCCCCUAACCCAGGAGGGGGUGAUCAGGAGAGGCUUCCGAGAGGAGGUAAUGUUUGAAAGAGGUGAGAAUGCUUCCUAGCGAAGAAAAGCAGGUGCAGAGGCCUGGAGGCCACGAAGAGAGUGGCUUGCUCUGAGUUGGAUGCACAAGAUCAAAGGGAAUCUUCAUUCCUCCAGAUUUCUUGGGUGAAAAGGGAGGAGUCUCCCAGCAGUAGGAGGUCUGGAGGCUGAAAGUGAACCUGGGAAGAGGAGGAGGAGGCUCUCAUGACACUGAGCCCUCCUGGAGACACCCAAGGACCCUCUGGGUUGCCAGGGCACUCAGAGGAAGCUCCCCUCCCCAGCCUCAGGCAGCUCUGCUCCCACCUUCCUCCCACAGUGUACUCAGUCUGGUGCCAGCCUCUCAGACCCAGCUCUCUGGGACUCCAGGUGGAUGCACUGAUAAGAACAUUCCCAAGGCAGCUUCCUUGAAAUCAAUAAAGGCUGUUUGAUACA